GCCUGAAACAGAUCCUUGUCUCUGCUCCUCCCCUGUCCCCGUGCGGCGAAUGGUUCGUGCCGGCCUAUAUUUACCCGAGAUCUUCCUCUCGGAAGGCAAGGAUGUGAGGCUGGCGAGGCAGCUACCGCUCGUAGCACCGGAGAGGGCGCGCUGCAAAGACUGGCAGCCGAGCCAGGGGAUCCCGGGAGCCGAGUCAGACACCCUCCGGAGAAAAGAAAUGAGGUAGCGACCGCCCCGGGAGCCGACCAUGCGCACGCCUGGCCCUCGGAGCCCCGCGCUGCCCCCGCCGAGCCAGCCCUAACAGUGAGCCACGGAGCCCGAGUCCCCGGCGUCCUGCCUGUGGGAAGAUGCAGUGAGCCACGGGGGGAUUGCUGCGCGGGGCCCGCCGCGGCCAUCCGACCCACCAUCGGAGCGCACUUGGGGCAAGCAACUGCUUCUGGGACCCGUUCAACCGAGGGGCUCUCUGCCUCCAGCACCCCUUGGAGGUGGGGAGUACCGACCCCUGGGUACACUUGCGGUUGAGUUUCCGCGGUUUCUGGCCCUAGCGACUGUGUGUGUGAAUGUGAGAGGGGGGGCUCUUUUCACCUUCGCCGAGGAGUUCCUGCGUAUUCUCGCACCAUCCCGGCUGCUUUUGCUGGGGGCUUCCUCAUUUAUUUGCAUCUCUUUUUUUCUAAAGACGUUUUCCGCCCCACUCUUGUGCUGUCUUUCUCUCAUUUUGCCUGCCUAAGACUCUUUGCCCUGAUCCUGCUCAGGCUGGGAUAAAUCUGUGUGCUCCUUCCCUCCUCCCCCUUGCAGUUAAAUCUUAAAAAAAAAAAUUCGACCCCUACCUCUUGUGCUGGGUUCUCGAGCCUUAUACACCCCUAUUCCCCCGCCCCCACUCCGGACUGGGCCACUCCCAGCAGAGUUUUAUUUUUCGGUCUUGCCCGGGCCGAGCCCGGCCGGGGCGGGUGGCUCAGCCGGGCUCUCAACCGGCGCUACGCCGCCGCCGCCCAGCUGCGCGGGGGCGCCCUCCGGAGAUGCUGCCGUGGAAGAAGCACAAGUUCGAGCUGCUGGCCGAGGCGCCGCCACGGCAGGCGUCCAAGCCCAAGGGCUACGCGGUGAGCCUGCACUACUCGGCACUCAGCUCUCUAGCGAGGGCGUGCCCCGAAGGCGCGCUCAGCCGGGUGGGCAGCAUGUUUCGCUCCAAGCGCAAAAAACUGCACAUCACCAGCGAGGAUCCCACUUAUACUGUGCUCUACCUGGGCAAUGCCACCACCAUCCAGGCGCGCGGCGACGGCUGCACCGACCUAGCGGUGGGCAAGAUCUGGAGCAAGAGUGAGGCGGGCCGUCAGGGCACCAAGAUGAAGCUGACUGUGAGUGCGCAGGGUAUCCGCAUGGUGCACGCCGAGGAGCGCGCGCUGCGACGCCCUGGCCACCUGUACCUGCUGCACCGCGUUACCUACUGUGUGGCAGACGCGCGACUGCCCAAGGUCUUCGCCUGGGUGUACCGGCACGAGCUCAAGCACAAGGCGGUCAUGCUGCGCUGUCACGCGGUACUCGUGUCGAAGCCCGAGAAGGCGCAGGCCAUGGCCCUGCUGCUUUACCAGACGUCGGCCAACGCUCUGGCGGAAUUUAAACGGCUCAAGCGGCGGGACGACGCGCGUCACCAGCAGCAGGAGCUGGUUGGCGCUCACACCAUCCCGCUAGUGCCGCUGCGCAAGCUGCUCCUGCACGGACCCUGCUGCUACAAACCGCCGGUGGAGCGCAGCCGAAGUGCGCCCAAGCUCGGCUCCAUCACCGAGGACCUGCUCGGCGAACAGCAGGAGCAGGAGCUGCAGGAGGAAGAGGAAGAGGAGCACGCGGAGGGUUGCCCCGAGGAGGAGGAGGACCGAGCCGGAGAAGGAGAGCCGGCAGAGCCAGAGGCCGAAGCGAAGCGGGCGCUGGUGGUGGCCAUGCACUUCGAAUGCGGGGACUUGCUGGACACGCUGGAGAGUGGCCACGAGGAGGCGCUGGGGGGCGGCGGGGUCUCGCCGGGCCCUGAGGCUGGGUCGUCGCCUCUGCUGCUGGGCAGCACCUCCGACAUGAGGGCCGAGCUUUCGCAGCUUAUUAACGACCUGGGCGAGCUCAGUUUUGGCAACGACGUGCGCAGCCUGCAGGCGGACUUGCGGGUGACGCGCCUGCUGUCGGGCGAGAGCACGGGUAGCGAGAGCUCCAUCGAAGGAGGGGGCCCGGAUGCCAACACUGCCACCGCCGGGGACUCAUCCGGCCCCGCGGACUGCGCCAGCCCAGACGAGCCCCACUCGGGCUGAGCUCCCAGCAAUGUCGUGUGCGCGCCCUUGGCGCCCGAUCGUGAUCCCCACGCGCCCCUCCACCACUUCCUUACCUCCCGACCUGCCCCAGGAAAGGGGAAAUGGGACAGUUGAGGCCCAGACCCUCCCCCUCUACACCCAUACUUAUGGCUGUGUUUGAACCGGGGCUCAGAUUGCAAGUGGAGAUACGGGGGAGGGGAAACCAUACAAGGAAGGGGAAAGAGGUCGCCAUCUGGGGUCUGGGGAAGGGAAAGGCCGCUGGUGUUAGCAAAGCCCGGCGGGCUUCAAGUGCCUGCCGGCCAGUUUCCUGUUUGUGGGGCAGCUGGGGCCUGAGGAGGAGGGGUUAACUUCCUCCCCCACCGGCCAUCUGGGAGGGCCUAGCGUUGUCAUUGACAUGGCAGUUUUUGGGUUUUUUUUUUUUGUAAUUGAUUUCACAGUGUUUGAGGCUUUAAUGCCACCUCCUUGGACCCAGUCUUUUUGGUGCGGGAGCUUGGGUGGUUUACCUCAGACUCAGACCCUUGAAAUUCUGCCAAAUUCCUCAAAUAACUAGUGGGGAAGGGAGAGGGGGAGAAAGAAAGUCGUAUUUGUUUACAGUUAUUGACAUCUAAUACCUAAAAAAGUUUUCCUUAAGAAACACACACACCUUGCUCCUGCUCAAAAGAUCUCAUUCCGUGAUACUGUGUAAAAUAUUUUUGCACUGUUGUGAAGUAUUUUUGACAUCUUUUUGGUUUUCUUGUACAUAACUGUGUUCUCAGAGUCCAAUGUUUAUAUCUUUUGCUGUGCAAAAGGGACAUGUAAAAUGUUGUUCAGUUGUAUAUACAGAAAUGUGUAUAAAACAUUUUGUUAUUUUUUAAGAGUAGCACUGCUCUGGUUCUGUUUGCACGCCAGUGGGGAAGAGAAUAAAGAGAAAAAUUGAACAGAA